GUCGUGUUAUCCCAGAAUCUUCUUUCCGUGGUGACACUACCUCAAGCCAAAAGAAACGAUCCUGAACAAUGGCUCCCAAGAAGUACCUUUCGCCUCUCAUCCUGGCCGGUAGUGCUAUGGCCACGGCCUUCCAGUUCCACGGCCAUCUCAACGCCCUUGCGGCCAACAACGCGAUCAACGCGGCCGCGACAACGGAUGCCGGAUACCAAGCCUGUACCUCCGUCAGCUCCGUGGUACUGUCCUGUUCCGCUGUCGGAUCCCUCGCCGACAACAUCCCCGAGGCGUCCCAGGCGGCAUGUGUCUGCUGCCAGGGUCAGUCAGAACUGGACCCGCAGUACUCGAGCUGCGCCGCUUACAUCAACACUGCGCUCCAAAACCCAUCCUUGGGUUCGGUGUACGGCGCCGUCUACACCUUCUGCGCCGAAUACUCGUGCGGAGCCGCAGCCGCACCAUCAACAACAACAACAACGCAGCCGCCCACCACCGUCGCCUUCAUCACCACCAGCCGUGCCACCAUCACAUCCGCGGCCUCGGUGCCCGCAGCUUGCGCUUCCGUGGUCUCCAUCGCCAGUCGCUGCGCUAACGGCAACGGCGAGGACGAGAUCCUCUCUUGUCUAUGCCACGACACGUCAGGCAAGACCAACACUCAAGUGGAGGAGUGGGCUAGCAGCUGUCUUCCCUGGGCACAGUCGAACUCCCUCCAGCAAGAUGUUACUGUGAUCCAAGCCCUCGAAUCCAUCUGCACCGCUGGAGCCGGCGCCGUCUCCUCCCUCUCUGCCCAAGCCUCCACGAGCACUAGCGACGACGAUGGCGGCUUUACCGUGACUACUAGCCGCCCUGCCUUUGGGCUGCCUACCGCCGGCGGCACUGCUGCCAGCGAUCCAGUUGCGUCGACUGCCACGCAGACGAGGAUCGUGGAGACGGAGGCGCCGGCUGUCACGUCGAGCACGUCGAGUGCGGCGGGAGUUAUGGUUCAGCAGCCGCUGGGAGGAGUGGCUGCCUGGGUUGUUAAUGGGUUGGUUGCGGUUGCUGGGUGGUUUGUUGUGAUUUGAGAAGGGGGUCGUUGGUUUGGUUGGGUGAGUGGUUAACGAGGUUCAAGAUUCGGCCAGAAAAAGAGCGCCAUGUGAAUAAUGAUAAUGAGGUUUUGGAAUGUUUGGAUGGAGUUGGGUGGCCAUAUGCUGGUUGGAAUGAAUGACGUUUUUGAUGGACUUCUUUUCACAGAGCCCGGCGUUGAAGUCAGGUUGAAUAAUAAAGAUAAUUCAACUUGAUAUUGAUUUGAAGAACCAGAAUAUGU